AUGAGUAAAACUAUAGAAGUAUCUGAUGUAACAAAGAUAGAGCGGAUUGGGAUCCACUCUCACAUAACUGGGCUAGGCCUCGACGAAUAUCUAAACCCUAAAUACCAAAAAGAUGGCCUUGUAGGACAACUUCAAGCAAGAAGAGCGGCAGGAGUAGUAGUGAAUAUGCUAAAAGAAGGAAAGAUUGGAGGCAGAGCUAUCUUACUAGCAGGCCAACCUGGAAGUGGGAAAACAGCAAUUGCAAUGGCGAUUUCUAAAGCACUAGGAACAGACGUCCCUUUUACUCAUAUAAAUGCAUCAGAGGUUUAUUCAAUGGAAAUGAGUAAAACUGAGUCACUGACUCAGGCGUUUAGGAAAUCUAUAGGUCUGAAAGUUAGGGAGGAGUGCGAAGUGAUAGAAGGGGAAGUGACUGAGAUUGAAGUUGACAAGUUUACCAAUGCUGCACCAACUACUUGGGGAACUCCAAGGGACAAGGUUGGGAAAAUGACCAUGAAAACCACCGACAUGGAGACCUUGUACGAUAUCGGCGGGAAGCUAAUUGACGCCCUUAAGCGUGAAAAUGUUUCAGUCGGUGACAUCAUUCAAAUCGACAAGAGUUCUGGAAGAGUUACUAAACUAGGCAGAGCCUAUUCCUACUCUCACGACUACGACGCAAUGUCUCCUAACGUCAACUUCAUCCCAUGCCCUUCCGGCGAACUUCAAAGACGUAAAGAAGUUGUUCAUACCGUCACUUUACAUGAUGUUGAUGUUAUUAAUUCUAGCAUGAAUAUUUGUAGAUCUCAAGGAUUUUUAUCACUGUUUACUGGAGACACUGGGGAGAUUAAGUCUGAGAUCAGGGACCAAAUUGAUUUAAAAGUUCAGGAAUGGCAAGAUGACGGAAGAGCUGAGCUCAUUCAAGGUGUUUUAUUCAUCGACGAAGUUCACAUGCUGGAUAUAGAGUGUUUUUCAUAUCUCUCAAGGUUCAGAUUGUUUACACAAUACUACUUACUCAGAUAUUUAUAUAGUUUUAUAUUAUUUGUUAGGGCAUUGGAGGCUGAUAAUUGUCCAAUUGUAAUAAUGGCAACAAAUCGAGGAAUAACGAGAAUUAGAGGAACCGACUAUAAAUCACCUCACGGAAUACCCCUUGAUGUUCUUGAUAGAGUUUUAAUCAUUCCCACCUUCCCAUAUCAACCCGAAGAUACUAAACUCAUAAUAACCGAACGAUGUACUGAAGAGGAUGUGGAUGUUGAGGAGGAUUCUUUGGAGCUUCUAGUCAAGGUCGCCACUGAUAUUUCACUCAGAUACGCACUGCAACUUAUCACCGCGUCAAGUUUAAUAAGGAAACGUAAGGGAGGUGGGUCUGUAACCUGUGAUGACAUUAAGAGAUCAUUUAACUUGUUUCUCGACUCUAAACGCAGCACUAAAUACUUGAUUAACUUCCAACACGAUUACAUGUUCUCGGAACUAAAGCCUAACGAUGAAAAAAUGGACGAAGAUUAA